AACCCACCAUCUAGAUGAACAUGGAUGUGGAAACACUAAUCAGCUGGGACACAGAGUUUAGUGCUGACUCAGUGGAGUGGUGUCCAGUAGACAUGUUCCAACACGUGUUAGUGUGUGGCACGUACCAACUGGUGGAAGGAGAAGGACAGACAAGGACCUCUCGACAGGGGCGGCUUCAUCUUCUUGCUGUUGUAAAAGAACAGAUGAUAGAGAGGCUAGAAUCUCUUGACAUGCCUGCAGUGCUGGACUGUAAGUGGGCACCAGAAGUGGUGAGAGGUAGAGUUCUGCUGGCUGUAGCUAAUGCUGUAGGAGAAGUUUGCCUCUUUAGGUUGACACAGAACACAGAGCUAGAGAUUCCCAGAGAAAGACUGGUGCAUGAAACGAAGAUGGUUCUGCCAAAGCGGGAAGACAGCCAAGAACUGUUGGCCUUGUCACUGGAUUGGUCAACUGCUGGAGGAGAUGUGAAGAUUGGAGUUAGUGAUUCACAAGGGUGCAUUUCAGUGCUGAGACUCGAUGAUUUGGGCUUCCAUGUAGAGCACAAUUGGAGUGCCCAUCAAUUUGAGUCUUGGACUGUGCAUUUUGAUGCUUUCAACCCUCACAUUUGUUAUACAGGUGGAGAUGACUGUAAACUGCGAGUAUACGAUUUAAAGUCAUGUCUGGACAUUGCAUGCACCACAAACUCGUCUCACGAAGCAGGUGUUACCAGUUUCAGCAGCAGCAAGAUCUCUGAACAUGCUCUGUUGUCUGGCAGUUAUGAUGAACAAGUCCGCCAGUGGGACACGAGGCAGAUGAGACGUCCCAUUGGCGAACAAACAGUAGGAGGUGGUGUAUGGCGGCUUAGGCGUCAGCCUAGGACAGAACAGCUGACUUUAGUCGCAUGCAUGUACAAUGGUUUCUGCCUGCUUAACCAGCAGCUCUCUGUGGUGGCAGAAUAUAAAAUACACAAAAGCAUAGCUUAUGGUGCAGACUGGGCACAUUUUACUGAUGCUGCAAAACAUUUCCCCCACCUCACAACAGCAGAAGGUGUGAUUGGUACUUGCUCUUUCUACGAUCACAAAUUAUGUAUUGCUUCGUUAAUAAAAAAAAUGAUUGAUUAAAAUGAUAUUGUGUUA